AUGAAACGCGCAGUGUUAGCUCCAGCUUCGCUCUUCCCUCGCAAGCUCUCCUGUCGCGUUCUUUUGAACGCAAGUCGCCCGGCGGCGCUUCGGCUGCCAACGCUGCGGUGCGGGGAAGAAGAGUGGGAGGACGAGGCAGGCACACGCGACAGGGCGGAGGGCGCCGAAGAAGGUGAAGCGGGUGAAACAGAUAGGGGCAACCCAGACACGGAAGACGCAGUCCACGACCUGACGAGAGGGGACACGAGGCACGACCUCCGAUUCAUCGACGAGGGCGGGCUCUCGGGAGGAAGCGAAGAAAGAGAAGGAACGGAGCACAAGUCAGAGUUGAAGACCAGGCACGGUGAGGGAGAGACCGCUUCACUUCGAAGGCACAACGCGUUCCUAUCAGAGCCCGCGCGACUGUACGAAGUAGAUGAAAGAGAUGUUUUUCUGAGCAUGUCACAGUUCUCUUCAAAUCCCUCCCGUUCCUCCCUCGGAUCGCCAACGUCGUCCCCUCCUUUCUCGUCAUCGUCUUCGUUCUCUCUCUCGUCGUCCUCUCUCUACUCGUUGCCGUCACUGGCUGCCUCUUCUGGAGCUCACCCGCACCCCGCCGACUUCGCGCCUUCCUCAGCUUCGACCGCCUCGUGGCGCGGGAGAGACUUCGCUUCUGGCCGGGGCGUCUCCUCUUCGACACGCCCGCCUUCUUCCACAGCGCGGCCUGCAUGCGGAUUCUCACACCACCCUGGGACGGAGAAAGAGAGCAGCCGUCGGCAGGGGACCUUUCGUGAUCGCGGGCCGGGAGAGGGUCGCGGAGUCUGGCCUCUCUUUUCCUCAUUGGAAGGACAGGAAGAGCCGAGCGAUGAGAGUGAAGCCGCCAGCGCGACUCCAGAGAGCGAGGGGACUGGGGGAUUGAAGCGAGAGGGAGACGGGCAAGAAGACCAACAAAAGAAAAGCAGGGAGAGCGGAUGGCGGCGAAAGGACGAUGAACACGACCACGAAGAACGAUGUGAAAAGCGACUCCACGGAAGCGAUCAGAAAGAAGAAAAGAAGGACGCGGAUGUCGCGAGAAAAUCCGAGCCUGAGCUAGGCGAGGAGAGAAAUCUCGCUCGGGAGACAUUCCAAGAAGUCGCCGCUUCAGCCGCAAGCAGCAUUCUGAUUCGAACGCUCCUCUUCCGAGGCGACGCGUUGUCUGUCGGAACUCGCGCGCAGAUCGUGCAGAGUCUCCUGCGCAUCGCCCAGGCUGCCUCGCCAGCGCCUGUCUCUCCAGAUGAGCCUGUCGCUCGACCGAAGCCGGCCCUCUGGUACCAAAUGCUGGACGAGGACGUCGUUCCUGCGCUUCUUCCGUUUCUUCUCUCCGACUCCGAGCAGGAGUCUCUCUCACUCGCCGCCCUCCGCUCGGAUGGCAGGAACGCGCCGCCUCCGCUGUGGCGGCGGUGGAUGUGGAGAACGGCCGAAGGCGAGAAGAGAGACUUUCCUGAGAGGCGGAAAGCGGGCCUUCAGGGGCCACCCGAGUCGGCAGGUCGAAACGGCGCGGGGCGGGCGGAGUUGACGAAAGACGUUCACGCGCGAACGCGUGGAGACGCGGAGGAACAAGGGAGAGAGGCGCUGCUGAGACAGCUGCGCACGCAGCAGAGAGACGCGAGAAAAAGUGCGCUGCUUCUGAUUCACCUUCUCGCGAAGGAGAUUCCGCAUGCAGUGAACACGCACGCGCGGGCCCCCGCGCUGAUGGCGGUUCUCGCGCGGCUGCAGGGGAAGCGCGCAGAAGAGAGAGACGUCCUCGACCGGGCCCAGAGAGAGAGAACGCAUCGAAGUCGCAGCAAUUCAGAAGAAGAGGCAACUGGCCAAGUGGGAAAGGCCCCGGUGUCCGUGCGCCUCGGACCUGCCGAAAGGCGAUCUCCUGUAGCCUUCGCUUCUCCGUCCCCCGCCGCGCCCUGUGACACACUCUCAACUGCGGAAGAAGGCACAUGCGGCGACGACGCCUCUAACUUGGGUUCCUCCCCUCCUCGCUUUUCUCCCUCGCCUUCUCUCCUGCCUCUCGGCGCACACACCGCGCCCGCGAGCUUUGCAGAUCGCAGGGCCGGAGAGAGAGACGAGCGGACCGAAGCAGAGAGCGCCGACGGUGAAGGCGACAGGGAAGAAGACAGGGAAGAAGGGAGAGGAGAGAGAGAAACUGCGCACGUCGAAGCUGGAGGUGGGACUGGUGGAGAGGCCGAAGCGAAGGUGGAUGCACAAGAAGGGAAAGUUGAGCUUCGAACGAGGGCAGGGGAGACAAGAAGAGGAGACACCGGAGGCGCGAGAGAGACAGAGGGACGCGACGCGGAGACAGACCGAGAGACGCGUCUGGCGGCAGAGGCUGAGGAAGGGGAGGAGAACGCGGCGAGCGAGAGCCAAGAUGGACAAGUCACGGAACCGAAGGGAUCCACGACGCGAGAGAAGGCCGGAGAGCCGACUGAGCCUGAGAGAGAGAACGGAGAGAACCGCGUGGAAGUGCCUGAGGCGGCGCCUCCCAGGAGGACACGAGAAGAAAAGGACAUGGCAGAGCAGCGAAGCAGUCAGAAGGUGCGGACACGCGUUGCAGGGGGAGCACACUCGCGAGCGCGCCGUGAAGAGGAAGCCGCCGAGCGCUCCGACCUGCCUUCUUCGUCGCCGCGGUCUCCUUCUUCAUCUGCGCCGCCAGACGGGACGGACGCUGGAGAAGAGCCCCUCGGGGCCCGUUCGACGUCUCGCGCGCCUGACUGUCAUCGAGCCUCGCGAGGAGCCUUCUUUUCGCGUCUCCUCGGUCUUUCCCAGCAGGACAAACAAGGCCCUCGUGAGGCGAGCAGUCCGCCGGCAGGCGAGGCAAAGGGGGAAGGCACGCCUGCCGACUCGCCGCUUUCUUCAUCUCCAUCGCCCGCGAAGCGCGUCGCUAACGACUCUCCGGAGGGGGAAGAAGGGGAAAGGCCGCAGAGGCAAAGCGCGCCGCUGUCUUCUGCAGGCCAUGGCGCCUGCGGCAGCUUCUCGGAGAAAGCCGCGCGGGAGAGGAGUCCGCGCGUGCUCUGGAUCCCCGUUCUCCUGUCGGCAAACCCGGAGCAGGAAACGGAGAUCGUCCAGACAUCCGUGGGCGCUGCUGACCCUCACGGCAAACUCCUCGAUUCCCUCCGGGCUCGGCUCGCAGAACGAAGAAAGAGAGACAAGAGAGAGGAAGAAAGAGAAGAGCGAGAGACCGAGCAGGAAGAAGCGAGAGCAGAGGAUACCGUGGAGGGAGAGGAGAAGAAAGAAGAGAGAUAUGGUGCGCGGGACUGGGGACCGGAUAGAGAAGGCCCGGCAACCGUGACGUCGGAGGAAGAAAGGGAAGAACAAGACAUGAGCGAGACACACGGGUUGGGAGAAUUUGCUCCUCUCACUGAAAAACCUGCAAAGGCGCAACGCGCCACGAGGCCUCUGCGCUCUUUGGGUUCGGAAACAAAGAAAGACAGUCCGACUGAAAACAGUGCCGAAGCAGACCUGGCGGACAUUCUCCACGAUCGCUCGUUCUUCGUGACUGAAGGCGGAAUAGGAAUCUCGCAAGAAGAAAGAAAAGGUGGACGAACUACCAGCGCACGAGCCGGCGACGACGAAUGGGGACUCCUUGGAGUCUACUUCCCAGCCCACCAGGAAACAGAUGCGCCUUCUUCUCUUUCUUCCUCUCCACUUGAGAUUGUUGCGUUGUUUCGUGGGCCAGACUUGGUUCGUUCGGUCGCGCGUUUCGUUUCGCCGUCCUGUCCGCUGCUGCGUGGCGAAGAGCAAGAUUUCUCGAAGCGAGAGCGAGAAAGAGAGCUCAAGCGGGCGGAGAAGCUGCUGCGGAUCGAGGGCCUGCGUUUGCUUCUCUCGGGUGCGCAGUCGACUCACGAGGAAGUCCGAAGCCGGUCCCUCCACACGCUCCUGCGCAUCCUGACGGGACGGUGGAGCCACGUCGCGCUCACUGCUGACGAGCUGGCGAGGACUGCAGGAAGCUGGCCAGCGAAGGAGGGCCGGAACGCCUGCCCCGAGACGGAGACGCGGGAGGCCAGGGACGGCGCGCGCGGAACUGCAGAGCCUCUCCCGAAGCAGCGAGACGAAAGCGGAGAGAAGAGCGACCGGGAGAAACGGCGGGGAGAAAGAAAGGCGCUCGUCGACCUCCUGGUAAGUGCUCUGUGGGCGUCCGUUCAGACGCGGCACAACACGGCUCGCGGAGCGGCUCGGACUCUCUCUCUCUCUGCCUGGGAAGAACAGGGCGAAGCGGCAGGCUUGGAGAUGCUCUACGUGCUGUGUGUCCUUUCUGCCGACUGGCUGAACAUCCUGCAAACCCACACGGGACUGUACGUGCUGCUCUGCGCGCUGUCUCGGGACCUCCGCGGCGUCGUCAAACUCCCGCGACCGGCUCCUCCCUCGUCUCCGUUCUCCUUCUCCGUGGCGCCUCCGGUGCUUCGCCACGCGCGCGCGCCCGCGCGCGUCGCCCGGCGCCUCCGCUUCCUCUCUGUCCUUCGGGCCGUGCUCGGCUUCCACUCUGUCCCGGACCCCGCUUGCGGGUCUCCCGCGCGGGGGCUCUCGCCGGCCGGGAGGAAACGCGGUUUGCGCAUCCUCUGUUUCGACGGGGGGGGGACGCGCGGCGUGCUGAGCAUCGCGCUCUUGAAGCAGAUCGUGGCCUGCGUCGGGCGAGAGGUGCACGAGACGUUCGACAUCAUUUGCGGAACGUCGACGGGGGGCGUGAUCGCCGCGUUGCUCGGCCUCGAGAAGGCGACUGUGACGGAGACCGAGCGGCUGUACGACUUGCUGAUUCGGGAAAUUUUCGUUCGCGACUCGGCGGCGGUGACUGGCGCGAGGCUCGUCCUCCGCCAAGCGCUGUACAACGAGAAAGGGUGGGAAGGGAUCCUCGAGAAGGCCUGGGGGAGACGCCGAAUGGUGGACUUCGCCGCCGACCCCACGUGCCCGAAAGUCUUCUGCGUCAGCACGGUCGCCUCGCCGAACCCGACGCAAGUGAUGGUGUGGCGAAACUACAACUUUCCCGUGGAACUCGUGAAGGCGGAGCAUCCGCCCGGCGCGCGCGAGGAACCGCAGGGGAAGGCUGCCGCGGGACCCGCCGCGCGGUCGGCCGGGCGACCGAGCGAGAAAGGACUCGGCGCUUUCUUCGCCCGCUGGUGGUCAACGGGAGGGACCGAAGCCGGAGAGGUGCCGGCAGGGAGCGAGGGAAACGGAGGCGGCCCGACGAAGCGUGUCCCGGCCUCGCCGCACAGCGGUUUUUCCCGCUUCAUGCAGUUCUUCCGCCCACCUCGGAAGUCUCCACUUCCCCGGUCGCGCGCAGGCCCGAACCCGUGGAGUGCGCCCCUCCCUUCGCCCACGUCGUUUCUUCUCGUGCCGUCCCGCGGCAGUCGGCACGCAGGCUCUUCGCGGAUCCUGGUGAAGGACGCGCUGCGGGCGACGACGGCGGCGCCAGGUUUCUUCUCGGGGAUUUUCUGGGAAGGCCAGGCGUUCUCGGACGGCGCGCUGCUGGCGAACAAUCCGACAGCGGUUGCGCUCGCGGAAGCCCGCGGCCUGUACGGCGCAGACGUCCCGAUCGACUUGGUCGUGAGCAUUGGGACCGGGAAGUUCCCGUCGUCCUUCUCCUCGCCGUCGCGCGGCGACUCCCUCAAGCACCUCGAGCAGACGCCGCCCGCGGAAGCGCCGGAGAAAGACGCGGCAGGCGGCUGGUCGGCGCUCCUCGGUUUGGGCGGGUGGGAGACGCUCCUCGCGCAGCUAGCGAACUGCGCAACAAACACAGAGGCGGUCCACGACCUCCUCGCGGACUUGCUGCCGCCCUCGGUCUACUUCCGAUUCAACCCCGACAUUGGCGGAAACUGGUCCAUCGACGAGACGCGUUCGGAGAAGCUGGACGUGUUGAAAGGCCUCGCGGAGCGGUUCUUCCUGGACAACCCAGAGACGCGGCGGCGCCUCGCCGAGCUGGUCAGCAAACUCCGCGAAACAAGGGACGACGAGGAGGGAGACGAACGAGGCUUGGCGGGCGUGGGCGAAAGCGUAAAAGGCGAAGGAGACCAGGAGACGGAGGACGAAUGGGAAGAUGUCGGCGCGAUGAUGGAAGAAAGGGAGGAAGGGGAGGACCACACGGGAACGCGAGACGGGCUGCCCAGCGGCAGACGGAAGCCGCAUGCACGAAGCGGAAUCUGGAACAGCUUUCUUACCGCGAUUUCUCCCCGGGAGCCUCAGGCAGGAAGAGACAAGGAGGGCGAUGUGAGCGAGGGCGGAGGCGACUGCGGGAAGGCAGAGGGGAACGCGCGGGGCGCGGAAGAAGGUGGGAGAAGCGCGGUCCGCGAGGGGUCGAAGGAGACUCUGGAGGGGGAAGGAGACGGGAGCCUGGAGAGGGUUAGAGAGCGAACACGAGACAUCCAGGCUUCAAACCCUCCAACGCAACUAAACGCUCACGAGAGACAAUCUACACCCUUCGCGGUCACCUUCCCGCCAACGCGCUCGUCUCUCGGAGAGUCUCCGCUCACGUCUUCUGCGGGGCGUUCUUCCGCUUCUUCGGAGUCGUCCACGGGCCAGCAAAGAUCUCUUUGGUCGUGGUUGGCGGGGAAGCGCAGUGCGAGAGCGUCGAGUGGGGCGGGCGCUUCCGUCUCAACCCCGGAAGGCCAAGGCGUUACAUUUUCGUUCGCCGAAAAGGUCCUGGAUGUCCUCUCGGCGCGGUCUGAGCACCAAGAGUUGCACAGACAGGCGUUCAUCUCGGCGCGAGGCGCAACGCGACUCCCUCAGUCUCCUGCGUCUUCGCGGUCGGUGUCUCUGCAUGACUACGGGCCUCCGGCGACGCGUGAAGACGGGGCGAGGAGACGGGGCCGACGGACAGGAGACACGGAGACAGCGAGACGCGGGGCGGGAGACGCCGAGCGAGAAGACGAAGCGGAAGAGUACUUGGUGCCGCCGACUGGGGUCCAGGUCGUGCUGCAAACGAUUCACACGCAUCUGGAGGAAGAGAUCGAGGCAGCCGAGAAGGCACGGGAAGAACGGCGACGCAUGCAGUUGGCGGAGCGUGCCGAGCUCGACACUGCGGAGAUGCAGCGCAGAGAGGCUCUCGCCACCAACCAAGAGUCGCAUUUGCGAGAGGAACAAGCGAUGCUCCACGAGGCGGCGAUGGAGAGCCGACGGUCACCUUCGCAGGGAUCGGUGCGCGGCGUGUAG